GUCGCGGAGUGGCGGCUUACCCUGUGCGGGGCAAAAUGGAGCUCGAGGCCAUGAGCAGAUAUACCAGCCCAGUGAACCCAGCUGUCUUCCCUCAUCUGACUGUGGUACUUUUGGCCAUUGGCAUGUUCUUCACCGCCUGGUUCUUCGUCUAUGAGGUCACUUCUACCAAGUACACUCGAGAUAUCUACAAAGAGCUUCUCAUCUCCUUGGUGGCCUCGCUCUUUAUGGGCUUUGGAGUCCUCUUCUUGCUGCUCUGGGUCGGCAUCUACGUGUGAGCUCCUGAGGGUACCACUCAGGCGGCUUCACUGAAUCUCUGCUUUUGUAAAUUAAUUUUUUUUUUUUUUUUUUUUACUAUUGCUGGAAGUGUCCCAUCUGCUGCUCACAAUAAAGGCAGAUGUGUGACAGUCUUAAAAAAAAAAAAAAAAAGAAAAA